AUGGAUGGCAUGAUUCCAUCAUGUUCAAUCACAGAUGUUGUUACAGAAAAUGCUGAGGCACGGUAUAGGAAUCUAAGCUUUUGUUUUGACGGACCUUGUGACACUGGCAGUGAAGUUAGUAUAGAUGAGUAUGAUAAUGGUGAUCAAACUUCAAAUGCCUUAACAUUCAUUGAACCUGACCAUACAUCUGUGAAGGCGCACAAUGAUCAAGCCACACAUAGCCAAGGUGAUCAAACUUCAAAUACCUUAACAUUCAUUGAACCUGACCAUACAUAUAUGAAGGCGCACAAUGGUAAAGCCACACAAGGAUACGUUGAUAUAGGGGAUCCUACAUUUAAAUGCCAAAGAUGUGGUGCACUAAUGUGGUUCAAUGAGAAAGUUGGAUCAAACAAGUAUGCUAGAAACCCAUCAUUCUCAAUGUGCUGUCUUAAAGGAAAAGUUCAGCUUCCUCCUCUAGCACCUCCUCCAGAUCAGUUUGUAAGAUUAUUUUUUGACGAGAAGACACCAUCUUCAAGAAACUUCCUCACAAACAUAAGAACUUAUAACAAUAUGUUCUCCUUUACUUCUAUGGGUGGUAAAAUUGAUUACUCAAAGAACUCUGGUGGUGGUCCCUAUUCAUUUGUUUUGUCUGGCAUUAACUACCAUAGGAUUGGAAGUUUAUUACCUCCUAAAGGAUCAAAGCUUGUUUACUCCCAACUGUACAUAUAUGAUACUGACAACGAAGUAUGCAACCGUAUAUCUACUGUAAGCAAGCAUAUGAAAGAAUCAGCCAUUGAUAAUAAUAUUGUUGAUCAUAUCAAGAAAACCCUUGAUGAUGCCAACCCUUUUGUAAAACAAUAUGGAGCAGUAUCAUCAAUGAUCAAGAAUGACCAAAACACUGAUGUGAAAAUUUGUUUGAUCAGUACAAGAACGAAGGAUGGGCGGAAUUACAAUUUGCCGUCUACUUCAAAGGUUGUUGCUUUAAUUGUUGGUGACAUUGAUAUGAAUUUCGGUAGAAGAGAUGUUAUAGUUCACAAGUUGUCAGGCUUGCUACAACGUAUUGAUGAAUUGCAUCCUUCCUAUCUUUCACUCCAAUACCCAAUAUUGUUUCCUAGAGGUGAGGAUGGUUAUUGUGACAAUAUAGAACAUCGUGAAGAGACUCUUUCUAAUACUAAGAAGAAAAAGCGGGUUAGUAUUAGAGAGUAUUUUGCAUAUAGGUUGAUGAUGAGGGAAAAUGAGAUGUCAACCAUACUUCAUACAGAGAAGUUAUUCCAGCAAUUCAUAGUUGAUGGUUAUACCAUGAUAGAAGCUCAAAGGUUAUUAUGGGUCAGAACGCACCAGAAGGAACUUAGGGUAGAUUUGUAUCAGGGAUUGAUAGAUGCGCUAUUAACUGGAGAAAGAAGUGCAUCGUCCACAGGGAAGCGUAUAAUUCUUCCAUCUUCCUUCACUGGAGGGGCACGAUAUAUGGUUGGCAACUAUAAAGAUGCAAUGGCUAUUUGUAGAUAG